UCUUUCGCUCAGUCUAAUUUUUUCGUGUUAAGCUUUGUGGUCCACUAAGAAAAUCAUGACUAUCAACAGUCUGCUUGGUCGAUUUGUACUUUUGGUUGGUUUGCUUGGUCUGUUAUCUUGUUCCAUUUCUGCAACGGACACAACGAAGUAUUUAAAGGUGGCUCCGAGGAAAGUGGGAUUCUUCCCGCUCGUUUCGUCGUCAUCUAACAAAACUUUGACCGAGGACAUUGGAAAACUUACAUAUUCUUUGGUACCUUGUUCGUUUCAUAGUCCAAAUCCUUUUAAGGUUGAAAAACUUUUGAAAUUUGGUAUAAUUGGCCAUGAUUACAACAUAAAUUUAGAAGAUGUGAAAGAUAGAAGCGAAAACUACAAAAAAUUUGCAAAUGUAAUAAGACAAGCGCGAAACGUUACCAUAAUCUCCGGAGGUAUAAUGUCAAAUUCAUUUGAUUUUGCCAACAAUCUUAAGGAUCGCGUUGGAUCGGGUAUCGUUUUAUACGUAAACUGGGACGAGCUCAAUGGUGGUCCGUUUAACUAUGGAACGUAUGCGCACAAUGCUCCAAUCAUUGGCGAUCGAACGGGAUACUUAAUAAAAACAUUGGCUGAUGAUGGUGCAAUAGAUGUAUCGAAAUUGAUUGGUGUUGGAUUUAGUUUGGGCGCACAUAUAAUUGGCAACAUGGGGUAUCAUUUGACACAAAAUAAACUACAAAUGGCACAUAUAAUCGCAUUAGAUCCGGCGUCACCAUGCUUUGAAGAUUGGAAUGAUCUUCGGUCAGUUCAACGUGACAAUGCUAAACUAGUGCAAGUAAUUCACACAGAUGCAAAAUGGUUUGGUUAUGAACGGAAGAUUGGACACAUCGACAUCUACCCAAACAACGGCGAAAACCAACCGGAAUGCAGUAUGAUCUUAAUACAUACUUGUUGGCAUAAUUAUUCAUGGAAAUUGUACAAACUAAGGGACAUCAAAGCAGGUUGCGCCAAAAACUGGGACGAAUUCAAAAAAAAUAAUAUUGACCAUACCAUUCCGAUUGGCCACGAUUUAAGUUCGGAUCAUUUACUUGAGGGCCGUGAUUGUACAUAUUAUUUGCACUCGCCAAAGGCUGAAUAAAGUUAAUUGUAAAGCCAUUAGGUCGAAAAACAUGUUAUUCUGAAUAGCACAAACAAAUAAAUAAUUUGUAU